AUUUCAUUUGUCACAUAGUAGUAGGAGUAAUUACUUGACCACAGUUUGCAGGAGUAAUUGACUUGUUUAUCACCACCACAAUGUCUCGAAAUCAUAAACCUCAGAUUUGAAUCCGGAAGUCUCCUCAUUCCUUCUUCCCCUCUCUCUACUAGUAUUAAUAUCCCAUUUUCCCAUCUCAAGCUUCCCCUUUUGAGUCCACUUUGAUUUGAUCAGUUGAAACCUCUUCAACUCUUUCAUGCUUCAAUACUACUCUAAACCCAUUCCAAAAUUUCAACCUUCAAUCUCUAGCUCUUCAUCUUCUUUCUUCUAACUGAUAAACCUUGUGAUGAUGGCUCAUAAGAAUCUCCACGACCUACUACAAGAAGAUCAAGAACCAUUCCUUCUAAAAGACUACAUUGCCGACAGACGUUGUCAGAUCAACACACCCAUUCCCAAAACCACAUUACAACUCAAGAAACGCAAAUCCAUUGUUGAGACCUCAAACUCCAGGGGUAAUAUUCUCUGCAAACAAGCAUGUUUUCUCUCUAAUUUCCUAGACUCGCCGUCGCCGGACGUUAGAAAAUCACCCUUUCUUGAUUUCCCAUCGCCGGCAAAAAGCCCUUAUAGGACCCCAAAUACUGUAAUCCUUCACGUCCCUUCCAGAACUGCUGCUUUGCUUCUUGAAGCUGCAAUGAGGAUUCAGAAACAAUCAUCGUCUCCGAAACCCAAAACCCAGAUUAAGAAUUUGGGGUUUGGAUUGCUGGGGUCGAUUCUGAAGAGAUUGAGUAGUCGGAAUCGUACCCGGAAGCGAGAAAUCGGUGGGGGUUGGGGUGGGGGUGGGGCUAGCGUUUCUAUGUCUGGUGGCCGUAGAAAAUCCACCGGAAAGAGCGAGAAAAUGCAGGAAAGUGUGGUGGAUGUGAAUGAGAAAAGUGCUUCCGAGAUGGGGCGUUCUUGUUAUUGUAAUCAUAGUAGGCGUAAUAGUACUGUUUGGUCUGAGAGCAAUGAAGAGAAGUCUCUGGAUUUGGAGAGUUCUAGUAGUUGCAGAUCAGAGGACUCUGAAGAGUUGGAGUUUGUAUGUCAAGACAGAGCAAAUGCAGAUUUUGAUUCUUGUGAAAAGCGCUUCUGUUCAACCCCUUUCCUAUUUUCUCUUCAGAAAAGCCCCUCUUCCGGUCACCGGACGCCGGAUUUCUGCUCGCCGGCCACAUCUCCGAGUCGCCACAAGAUAGAGGAUAAAGAGAAAUAUGAAGCCCAAAUGAUGCAAAAAUCCCAAGAACAUGUAGAAGAAGAAGAGAAGGAACAGUGCAGUCCAGUAUCGGUAUUGGACCCUCCAUUUGAAGACGAUAACAAGGAGCAUGAAGGUGGGGAUGAGGAAGACGGCUACGAUCUCGAAUGCAGCUAUGCAGUUAUACAAAGGGCUAAGCAGCACCUAUUACACAAGCUUCGCAGAUUCGAGAAACUGGCAGGAUUAGAUCCUAUCGAGCUGGAGAAAAAAAUGUUAGAAGAGCAAGAUGAUGAGGUUGAAGAGGAGUGGGAAGAUGAUGAUGAGGCUGAGGCACUCUCAUUAUGCAGAGAAGAAAAUGUUAAUGGGCUUCUCAGAGAAGUUCUUGGCAAAUCGAGUCACCAUCAUAGUAAACUCUCGGCAGACAUGAAUAGACUGGUGUUGGACCUCAUUGCUGAGGAAGAGAGGGAACAGGAUGAUAGCGAAGUGGUGGUGAAAAAGGUGUGUAAAAGGUUGGAUUCAUGGAAAGAGGUGGAAUCUAACACCAUUGACAUGAUGGUGGAAUUGGAUUUCAGAAGAGAGGUUGAUGGGUGGAAGAAAAAUCAGGAGGAGGUGCGAGAGACGGCAAUGGAGAUCGAACUUGCUAUACUUGGAUUACUAAUGGAGGAAUUGUCAGUGGAACUAGUCUGCUAACUGGAUUUUGGAGGGAAACUUUUUGUAAAGUCUCUGUUCAAUCUAAAUGAAUUUUGUUUAAAUUUUA